AUGAAGAAGAAGCUCACAGUCACUAUUUUUACUGAUGAGGACGUCGCCAUGGAAGCUGCCCUUAGAAAGGAGUGGCCUACUGUGUUUCAUGCCCUCUGUACUUGGCACAUCCUCAUGAAUGCCAAGAAGCAUCUUCGUAAGGAAGUCUACCAAUCAGUAGCAGGAGCCGAGAUGCUUGACCCUGAUUCCCAAUCCCUCCUGACACGCUCUGGACGGAAGCGAGAUCUCACUUCUUCCCUUGACAACAACAUGGGACCCAUGAUAUAUUUAUCAGCUACCUUAGGGAUAUUCGAGCACACCUUAUCCACCCAUGGGUCGAACCAAUAG